CGUGGCGCGUAAUCUGAUACCUUGUAUAUAUAUUCAAAAGCUUGUGUUCAUGUAGUCUUUAGCUUGGCUACGUUCGUUUUGUACAGAUUUUCUCAACUGAUCUAUCUAUUACUCAGUCAGAUAGCUUGUAUUACUCUAAGUCCUACAGCCAGAUAUGUCCUACAGAAAUCUGUGUUUUUUGUCUACGCUUUUGAUAGUGUUCCUCACAUCGUACAUGCUAUGGAAUGAGUUUCGUCUGAUGAACAAGACGAACGGAAGACGCGGUGCUGCACGCAAACGCGCCGAUGCAGUAAGAAGAGCUGGAAAAAUCUCUGUCAUUGGCGGCAAAUCACUAGCGAGCAAUAAAGUCUAUGACCAAGUAAAGAGCUUCGUGGUAUUCAUUGGAUACCCAAGAAGCGGCCAUACACUGGUGAGCUCUCUGAUCGACGCACAUCCACAUGCAAUCAUCGCCAACGAGUUCGACAUCAUCGGUAGAUGGGAAAAGUGGAAACCAUACCAGAGAAACAAGUAUUUCUUGUUUGACCAGUUGUAUAAAAACUCCAAAAUGGAGGCCGAGAAGGGUUAUAGAUCAAAGAAAACGAAAGAUGACAGUCCGUUCGAUUACAAUGUUCCUGGACAAUGGCAGGGGAAGUUUAAAGACACUUUGAAGGUGAUUGGAGCAAAGAAGGGUGGGAAAACCACAAGAUUGCUCGCCAAGAAGAAACGCAUGGAAGUCAUGGAGAAAAUCAUGAAGACUGUUAAAAUUCCCUUCAAGUUUCUUCACGUUGUGAGGAACCCUUACGAUAACAUUGCUACGAUGUUACUGAGAACUAAACACAAACGGGUAUCGAUGAGCCAAGGAUUCAAGUUGAACGACACAGAGGCCCUCGAAAGAGAAAUCUUCAAGUAUUUUAGCUUAGCUGCAAGGAAUCAAUUCCUAUCACAGAAGUACAAGAAAAAUCUCCUGGAAAUCCAAAGCAUAGAGCUGAUCAGAAAACCAAAGGAAACACUCAAAGGAAUCUGCAAGUUUCUUGGGCUGUCUUGCAGUCAGAGAUACCUUGAGGACUGUAUUAAGAUUAUAUUYAAGGAGCCAUCAAAUACGAGGAAGAAUGUAGUAUGGACGAAAGAACAGAUAAGAAAGGUUAAACAGACUAUGAAGCGGUUUUCAUUUUUGAAGAAAUUUACGUUUGAAUCGGAUUGAAUCUACAAACGAAAGAGGAUUUGCUUAAAGCACAAGUAUGCAACUAAAGAAAAUGCGACAAUUGGCGAUUCGUUUGAUACAAUGGAUUUUAAAAUCUCUGAGCCAACAGACAUCACAGUGUUCUGGCUAGUGGUACACCAAAUACUCGUAUUUUAUUGAAUGAGAGCAUCAAGCUAUUGCCAGGUCAGAAAAUUGCAAAUUUGUUUUCUCACGACACAGUUCGUUGCGCGCAACGUUGCAAAAGUACAUUCUGUCAAUUUUGAUUGAGAGGAAGAUGGCGCAAAAACAUGCCCAAUAUAUUUCUUUACAUCUUGGUUUAGCUGUGGUAGGAACAAUACCAUAUAUGGUAUAUAGAAAAAUAGAUGUUUCUGUGACGAGGUUAUACCGUCAUGCAUCGCGUUUGUUGUUUCUAAACGCAACCCAAAAACCUGAGCAGAUAAUGAAUGAACUCGUUAUGUUGGAGUCAAACUCAUUAAUGUUUGUAAAAUAAUGAUUGUUAAGUCAAAUUCACUAAAUAUGUGUUGUGUUAUGUGGUAUAAAAAAAGGAUAAAAAAAAUUAUCAAAAAUUAUGAAAAUUUUGGAGAAGUUUACUUGUAGUUUCAAAUCACAUGAUUUUUUAUUUAGUUUCGCCAUAAAAUAAAGUACACAAAAUAUAUCUUCUUACAA